CAGGGUCUAUGGGACCAGGGAACCCGGGACGGCGGCGGCGGCAGCAGCAACCACGAGGACCGCAAAAAUGCUCGGCCCCGCGGCCGGGGCAGUACAGGUGGGUAGUGACCCCGGAGGAGCGGAUUUGUUAGCAGGCUUUCCAGCACCCAUUCUUAGUAGGCUCACGUCUUCCUCGAUGGUGCCUCGGCCCUCUCUCUGCGAAGAUCCGUUGAAUGUGUAGAGACUUGGAUGAAUCUGGUUUUGCCUGUGCUGCGUCCCCAGUGCGAGGCCAGCUGUCCCAAGCUCCGCGGAUUUUCGGAGUGCCUUUCGCCGCAGCAUGCUUGGAGAAAGCAGUUCCAGGGACGGGCAAAGAAAAGAAGAAAGUGAAUUGCAAGCCUAAGAACCAGGAUGAACAGGAAAUCCCUUUCCGGCUCCGAGAGAUCAUAAAGAGCCGUGAAGAGAUGAAAAAACCCCUCAGUUUCAAGAAGAGAAAGAAAGAGGCCCAGGUGGCCUUCAGGAAUACUCUGGAGAUGGAAGCAAAGGGAGCAGAACCAGAUAUCAUGGUUCCCAAGUUCAAGCAGAGGAAAGGGGAGUCUGAUGGGGCUUACAUCCAGCGCAUGGAGCAGGAGACCCAGCACGUUCUGUUCCUCAGCAAGAACCAGACCAGCCGGCAGCCAGAGGUGCAGGCAGCUCCCAAGAAGGAGAAAUCUGAGCGGAAAAAAGCGUUUCAGAAACGGCGACUGGAUAAAGCCCGGCAGAAAAAGGAGGAGAGGGCUGUGGAGCGGCUGGAGCAGGAGCUACUGCAAGACACUGUGAAGUUUGGAGAGGUUGUCCUACAGCCACCAGAGCUGACUGCCCAGCCCAGGAGGAGCACAAGCAGAAACCAGGCUGGCAAGAAGUCGCUGAUGCUGAAGAUGCUUUUGAGCCCUGGCAGUGUAUCCCAGAAGCCUCAGGGCGCCUCACUGGCCCGGCAGCGGAUUGUGGAGGAGGAACGGGAGCGGGCUGUGCAGGCCUACCGGGCCCUGAAGAAGCUGCGACAGCAGCAGGGGGUGUCACCACCACAGCCACUGGGCCACACUUCCCAGAGGAAGCCCAAGGUGCCUCUGUGAUGGAGAAACUCAGGAGCCUGGUACCCCUAGAAAUUGGCCAGGGUUUGCCACCCCUAAGCCAAGGAGAGAUGGCAGAUCCUUUUCCAAAUAAUGGCCCACACACCAGCUCUCAAUGUGGAGAGUUUCUAGAUCUUUUCUCUCAAUUGUUACCCCUAAGGAUAGCCCUUUCCUAGUCAUCAGUGAGGGGGCUGUGUCUCAUACAUGGUUACUCCCCCGUAGUUUGGGGCCAGUGUCUUGUAUCUGAGCCUAGCUUCAUUCUGCAGCAAAGUCCAGGCUCAGGGAACCCAGGGCCACUUUAAGAAGCACCCAGUCCUAAAAUGACUCUGAACACCAAUUAAUUACUGAGACUGUUGAUGUACGUCAGUUCAGUAUUAAGAGGCUCCCUCAGGGUCAGCCCAAGCAGGGACCAGGCAGGGUGCAUCAGCAGGCCAGUAGCACAGCAAGCAGAAGCCUGGGUACAGUUGAUCCCUAGACCACCUAUGGGGUUUUCACAGGGAGCCAGGACCUUGGCUCACCUAUUAGUGGGCCGCCCAGGGACAGAAGACCCUUAGCCCAGGUUGGUUGGAAUAGAGAUACAUCCAGAGGGUAGGAACAUGUCUGUGACCCACCUAACAGGUCUCUGGAAAAUGAGGCAGGCAAAGUGGCCUGGGAUGGAGCCUUCCUGGGACCCUGGUUAGGCAGCAAGUGCCGAAGGAGGGAGCACCUGGCCCUCAGCACGAGGUGAAUGAAAGCAGAGGUGUGAAGGCCUUCAGGACCCUGCCACUGCAAAGGUGCUCCCAGAGAUCUCACCAAAUCCCAAAUCCACAAUCCACGAGGAGCAUUGUAAAGUGCUAGAGUUUUGUGUGAUCUUUUAAUCCCCUUCCCCAAGUUUGCAUUUUACAGAAUGAACUUGAUUAAGAUUUUUGCUAUUUUUGAAAUCAGUGCUCAAAAAUAAAUAAAAAAAUAAACAACAACAACAAAAAAGAAA